GAGGUGAUGCUCCAACCACCAGAUGAGCCCUGACGCGUGUGUCCGAACCCGAUCAGAAAACCCCUCUCCAAAACUUAAUCCACAAGUACCAUCCCUCUGCGCCAUGGAGCGUGCGUUACCCACCCAGCAGAAGGACGCCGAGGCAACCGGUGAGCUGAACGGACUGUUCGACGCGAUGAUGAGGAAACCCGGGGGUCGACCGGGACAGGCUCCUCCAGCCCAGACCCCUGCAGAGUCCACCCCGCAGCAGACCUCCUCGUCCUCCUCCUGCUCCGUCACCGAGAGCUGGAGAGAGGUUCGCACCCGGAGCGUAGAGGACAACGAAAUGAGUUUGCCCAGCCUGGCCACAGCCUACACGUCCAUCCUCAGAGGACUCGGCGAGGACCCUCAGAGACAGGGGCUGCUCAAGACCCCACGGAGAGCCGCCACGGCCAUGCAGUUCUUCACCAAGGGCUACCAGGAGAAGAUCAUUGAUGUCAUGAACGACGCCAUCUUCGAUGAAGACCACGAUGAGAUGGUGAUCGUGAAAGACAUCGACAUGUUCUCCAUGUGCGAGCACCACCUGGUGCCCAUAUUUGGCAGGGUCCACAUCGGGUACCUGCCCGACAAGAGGGUUCUGGGCCUCAGCAAACUGGCCAGGAUUGUUGAAAUCUACAGUCGUCGACUGCAAGUGCAAGAGCGCCUGACCAAACAGAUCGCCGUGGCGAUCACUGAAGCUCUGAAACCCGCCGGGGUCGGGGUGGUGAUCGAGGCUACUCACAUGUGCAUGGUGAUGCGCGGCGUGCAGAAGAUGAACAGUAAGACAGUGACCAGCACCAUGUUGGGGGUCUUCAGGGAGGACCCCAAGACACGCGACGAGUUCCUCACGCUCAUCCGGGGCUGAGAUGAGGCCCCCCGCAGCCCCUCCACCGCCGUUGACCUUCUCCCUCCGCCUCCUUCUCCUCCUCUUUGCAAAGAGACUCUCUGUUUCCUCCCUGGUUCCUCUGUGUCUGGGCUGGCCACUUGCCAUACAUAACCUGUGUGUGUGUGUGUGUGUGUGUGGGUGUGUUGGCGCAUUUGUGUUUCUCUGUAUGAACAAAGAAUGUGUGUUUGUGUGUGUGUGCGUACAUAAUUAUGUCUAUCCAAUAUUUUGUGUGUGUGUGUGUGUGUGUCGUACGUGUGCCCAUGUUUGAGUGUGUGCACAUUUGUGUCACUCUAUAUCAAAAACAAGUCAUCUUUAAAUGCCACACGCAAAGUGGUUCAUAUGUCAACUUUAUGAAUUCCCCUUUUUCUACUGGUUCAGCAUCAGGUCAUCGUAGGACGCCUUUACUUUCAGGGACUUGACCCUGCAUGCAGAGAGAGGCCCGCCAGCCCGGCCGUUGCUUGGCAUGCUGACCCCAUGCCGGUCGAGUCUGUGUGGACCUGAGGCUUGUUUACAUUGGCCCCUCCGAUGGACUUUGUCCCAUAGAUUCUGGUCAAGCUGCUAGUUUGUGUGUGUGUGUGUGUGUGUGUGUUGUGUGUUGAAUCCUUACCUCAUCACAUCAUUUCGGUCGAUUAAAUUCCAAAAGCAUUGGCGGAGGUUUCAGCUUUGAGAGAAUGUGUCAGGCUGAAGGGAAGGCCCCUGAUUAUCCAACGUCUCAGAAACAAGGAAGAAAUCGUCCUUUUCGUCCGUCCUUAACGUCUCGAUUCACAUCCACGUGUCUAUGGGGGGUGUGGUGUUUGUCACCGAUGGGCUGCUAAACACAGCAGGGUAGUGAUCAAAGGACCACGGACGCUGGGCGGGGCGUGGUGGUGUUUCUGUGAGCCGUGAGCGACGCGUUCGGCUGAAGUCCUGUCAGGUGGGAUCUGAUCCACCUCCAUUGGUCCUAGUGGAGCUUGUUAGUGGGAUGUCGCUGAUUGUUUGCAGCUGUGGAUAGUUCUAAGCGGUAUUUAAACACUUAGAGGCAGGUCGGAUGUGAGGUGCGUCAGAAGAAAAGCUGGACCGAAGACUUAGGUCAUAGUAGAUUAUCUACUUGAAUUAAUUUUUUGGAAAGUAUUCUUUCAAUCAAAUAUUGUGUGUGUGUGUGUUUAAUAACCAGGUUAUUGUGAAUUGUGAACAGAAGCUUGUAUUUCCCCCCCUUUAUAAUAAAUUUGCUGGGAAAAUGAUUGACUGGCAAAAUAAAGUUAAAUAAAUGUGUGUGUAUAUAUAUAUAUAUACUGAGUUGAAAGGUGACAUUUGUGCUCUGGGUUAUUUUAAACAUUUAGGCUUAUAUUAGCCUGGGUUAAAAAAAAAUUGAGAUGCAAAGGAAAAAGAAUACUGUAUGAUGGUAUCAUAUGUAUGUUUUUGUGCACAAAUGCCUUUUAUGUGUGUGUGCGUGUGUGUGUGUGUGUGUGUGUGCGCGCAUGUGCCCCAACCCCCUCUAAUCCAAUGCCUUAUUGAUUUGAUAUUAGAAAUGCUAUAUAAAUAAAUGAUAAUGAUAACAAAUGA